AUGCCCUCUGAGAUUACAACGGAUUUUAAUAAACCUACAACACUACAACAUUAUGAAUUAGUAGUAAAAUAUAAACCUGGUAAAGAACUAUGCAUAGCUGAUACAUUAAGUAGAAUAGAAUCAAAAGGUGAUACUAUAUUUGACGACUGGGAGAAAAGAGAGGUUGAAAUAAACAUUGAGGAAGUGAACAAGUAUAAAAUAUCAAUAAGUGAAAAUAAACGUGAUCAAUUCAAGUUGGCUACAGAAUCAGAUAAAGAACUGAAUAUGUUAAAAAAUUAUGUCAUUAAAGUUUGGCCAGAAAAAAAGAGAACAAUUAAAUGA